GCUUUUGCUCAAAUUGUCCAAUAGGAGCGGUCUUUGCCGGCAAUUUAAAGGUCUUUACUGCGCCGCUCUAGCGCACAUUUUCUCUGCGGUCAUAGUUAGAGGUUUAUAUGUUUACUCGGUUUUCUUAAGGAAACUCGUGUUGAAAAUGUCUGCAGUUAACGAGUGCGGCGCGCGUCUGAAUCAGUUCAAAAACAAAGGGAAAGAUGUAGCGGAGCUUCGACGACGGAGGGUGGAAGUAAACGUUGAGCUUCGUAAAGCGAAGAAAGACGAGCAGAUUUUGAAGAGGAGGCAUGUGAGCACUAAGCCUGAUGAUGCCACCUCACCUCUUCAAGAGAAACUCCAGAACUGCCAGGGUCAGACCUGGACAUUGGAGGAGAUUGUUGUUGGAAUUAACAGCUUUAAAUCUGAAGUUCAGCUGGAGGCAACCCGAGCUGCAAGGAAGCUGCUGUCUAGAGAGAGACACCCACCCAUUGAACGGAUCAUCAGUGCAGGCCUGAUCCCCAAGUUUGUAACCUUCCUGGGUAUGUUUGAGUGUCCAGCUAUUCAGUUUGAAGCAGCCUGGGCUCUGACUAACAUUGCGUCUGGGACGACGGAACAGACUAGAGCCGUGGUGGAACAAGGCGCCAUUCCAGCUUUUAUUAAAUUAAUUUCAUCCAGUGAUACUGAUGUUAGCGAACAGGCUAUCUGGGCCCUGGGGAAUAUUGCUGGUGAUGGUGCUAUGUAUAGAGAUCUAAUAAUCAAGCAUGGUGCGCUCAAGCCACUUUUGCACCUGCUUUAUGUGAAUGACCUUGACGUCCAUAAUCCUGUGUACCUGAAGAACAUCACUUGGACUUUGUCUAACCUGUGUCGCAACAAGAAUCCGGCGCCACCUCUUGAUGCUGUGAUCCAGAUGCUGCCCCUCAUACUCCGCCUGCUGGGUCAUAAAGACCCUGAGGUGCAGGCAGAUGCUUGUUGGGGCAUGUCCUACCUGACUGAUGGUCCUAAUGAACGGAUAGAAGUGGUGAUCCAGACUGGUGUGAUUCCCAGUCUCAUGUACCUGCUUCAACAUGGAGCGAUUUCUGUUGUGACUCCUGCCUUGCGCACGAUCGGCAAUAUUGUGACUGGCACAGACGAGCAGACACAGAUGGUGCUGGAUGCUGGGAUCCUCCCCUUAUUUAAAGGCUUCUUGCAGCAUAACAGGAGCAACAUUCAGAAGGAAGCUGCCUGGACCCUGUCCAACAUCACAGCCGGGAAAGACUCUCAGAUCCAGGAGGUCAUUAAUGCCGAACUGGUCCCAUGCCUGGUGGAUGUACUCAGAAGGGGAGAUUACAAGACUCAGAAGGAGGCAGUUUGGGCUGUGACUAACUUCACCAGUGGGGGCACCAUAGAGCAAGUUAUCUAUCUUGUGCAGGCCAAUGUCCUGGAGCCACUGCUCAAUCUACUGACUGUCAAGGACAGCAAGACUAUUUUGGUCAUUUUGGAUGCAGUCAGUAAUAUCUUCCUGGCUGGAGAGAAGAUUGGGGAGACUGAUAAGCUGUGUCUGAUGAUUGAAGAAUGCGGUGGUUUGGAUAAAAUCGAAGCUCUGCAGACACAUGAAAACGAAAUGGUGUACAAGGCAGCACUAAACAUAAUUGAGAAAUACUUCACUGGAGAGGAGGACUGUGAGGAAUCUAUUGCCCCUGAAGUCACAGAUGAAGGCUAUGCAUUUCAGAUCAAUGAUAACCAAGGCACUUUCAAUUUCUAGAUGCUUUCUAGGUCUUUUUUUUUUUUUUUUUUCCCCUUUUCAUGUACUUCUGUUCUGUAUGUUUGUCUGUAGUUCAAUCUUCUGUUCUAUGAAGCUGUACAUAUGGAACUGUCUGUUUUAUUACUUUGUAAAUAAAGUAAGUAUAAACCA